AUGGCUGGUGCUGCCCAGAGAAAUGCCUGGCAUGUCGUCCAGGUUACUCUUUUCUCGAGCUAUGCAAAUGUGAUGCUGGUGUUUGUCUUCCUGGGCAUUUUGGCCGGUGCUCGAGGAUGGGAACCAUCAGCUGUGUUCUUGUUGAAUUUCUUAGCCAUCUUUCCCCUAGCUUCCUUGCUCUCCUUUGCCACUGAAGAAUUGUCCAAAAGUGUGGGACAGACCGUAGGGGGACUGAUCAACGCAACCUUUGGAAAUGCGGUCGAGAUGAUCGUGGGAAUUACGGCCGUAACUCAAGGGGAGAUCAACAUUGUUCAAUCAAGUAUGGUUGGCAGUAUUCUUUCCGGAACUCUUCUGGUUCUAGGAUGCUGCUUCCUAGGUGGAGGAUACGGCAAAGAGACAAUAUCCUUCAAUGUUGAUGUUACUCAGGUCAUGUCGUCUUUGAUGAUCGUUGCCUCCACCUCCCUCAUUAUCCCUUCCGCUCUAUACUCGACGACUCUCUCCGAGCUGCCCGAGGGAGAUGAUUACAUCCUCACCCUCUCCCACAUCACUGCGAUUUUUCUACUCAUUUUUUACUUGGUCUAUCUUAAUUUUCAACUGAAAAGCCACGCUCAUCUUUUCGCUAGCACCGAGGAGGAAUCGGACGAAAAGCGCGAAUUAGAGCCUCUCCCCGCUAGCAUUAUUCUGAUCCUUGCAACACUUGGAGUCACCGUCUGUUCCGAUUACUUGGUGGAGGGCGUGGACGGGUUUGUGGAGGUAUACGGAGUCAGUCGGGCUUUCUUGGGGAUGAUUGUCGUCCCCAUUGUUGGCAAUGCGGGCGAAUUUGCCAUCACGGUGAAUGCCGCAAUGGGCGGUAAGUUAGAUCUCGCUAUUGGGGUAAUCGUUGGAAGCACGCUUCAGAUUGCGCUCUUUGUGACUCCGUUCCUGGUGAUUUGUGGGUGGGUUCUCGGGCAGCCGAUGUCUCUGCGGUUCAAUACUUUCGAAACCGCUUGCUUCUCCCUUGCUGUGGUGGUGAUGAACUGCUUGACUCGAGAGGGGAAAUCGAAUUACUUUGAAGGAUUACUACUGAUCGGGACGGAUGAUUACUAUCAUACCAAUAACAAAACCGAAACCCGCGCUGGCACUUCACCCAGUCAAUCUUUGAUCAUGAAACCCUUCAAUGACAAACCAGAUGCCAAUACAGGCGACCCUACGAUCUUCGAUCACCCCAGAAAUACCUUCGAUAUUACGGCAGAGCAGCUCAGCGAACUCAUAGAGUCUAGAAGUAUAGAGACUUUCCAUGCAUUAGGCGGUCUUGCCGGGUUGGAGAAAGGGCUGCGAACAGAUCGAAACAGUGGACUGAGCGUCGAUGAAUCAACGACUGCAGACUUGACCGAGUCAACGGAAAUUGCGACAGGACAACAGAAUGGCCGCUUCACGGACAGGACCAAGGCAUUCGGGACUAAUCAUCUUCCAGUAAAGAAACAGCCGAGCAUUUUCCAGCUCAUGUGGAUGGCAUACAAUGACCAUGUUCUGUUCUUCUUAACUGGAGCGGCUAUUGUCUCUUUGGCGCUCGGUCUAUACCAGGCACUCGCGACCAAGCACUCCGCCCGCAAUCCGCCCGUUGAAUGGGUGGAAGGCGUUUCGAUCCUUGUCGCUAUCAUUGUCAUUGUUCUUGUUGGUGCCGCGAAUGAUUUCCAGAAACAAAUCAAGUUUCAAAAAUUGAACAAGAAGAAGCUAGAUCGCAAUGUGACCGUCGUUCGAUCCGGUCACGCACAUGAAGUCCCGAUCUCUGACCUAGUUGUGGGAGAUGUUGUGCAUGUGGAGCCUGGGGAUGUAAUCCCGGCGGAUGGGGUUCUCAUCCAGGGAUAUCAUGUCAGAUGCGAUGAGGCCUCCGCUACCGGGGAAUCCGAUCUCCUACGUAAACAUUCUGGGGAUGAAGUUCUCGACGUGAUUCGAAGGAACGGUGAUACUCAAAGCUUGGACCCCUUCAUAAUAUCCGGGUCAAGUGUAGCUGAAGGGGUCGGGUCGUACUUGGUGAUUGCGACUGGCACCAAUUCCAGUUAUGGCAAGAUUCUUCUCACGCUAAAUGACGAUCCUGGAUUUACACCCUUGCAAACUCGUCUCAAUGUAUUGGCGAAGUACAUCGCAAAUUUCGGUGGGCUUGCAGCUCUUGUGCUAUUUAUCAUUCUUUUUAUCAAAUUCCUCGCCAGCCUUCCUCACAGUAGUCUGACACCAGCAGAAAAGGGCCAACAGUUUCUAGAUCUUUUUAUCAUUUCACUGACGGUCGUGGUGAUUGCGGUCCCGGAGGGCCUCCCACUAACAGUGACCCUUGCACUGGCUUUUGCAACUACAAGGAUGCUCAAGGACCAUAACCUAGUUCGCAUGUUGAGGGCCUGCGAAACCAUGGGAAAUGCGACAGACAUAUGCUCGGACAAGACCGGGACUCUGACCCAGAACAAAAUGACAGUCGUCGCUGGGGUAAUCGGCACUGCCGGCAAGUUCGUUGAUCCGCAACAGGCGGAUGACGAUGUUGCUGAUCCGCCUAACAGCCCAACUACCAGCGAGUACACUCAGCGUCUUGCGCCUGACUCAAGGUCACUUCUCAGGCAAUCCAUUUCACUCAACUCAACCGCAUUUGAGAACACCGAUGCAGGUACCACGUCAUAUGUAGGGUCUAAAACAGAAGCUGCCCUCUUAACAUUUGCUCGAGACCACUUAGGAAUGAGUCAACUCGAUGUCGAACGCUCAAAUGCAAAGAUUGUAGAAGUUUUUCCGUUCGAAAAUGCUCGCCAGUGUAUGGUCACAGUCGCUCAACUGGAGAACGGCAGGUAUCGGGCCUAUGUGAAAGGAGCUCCAGAGGUGCUGCUCGACAAGUGUAUAGAAGCAAUUGAGGACCCAAGCAAAGGGCUCUCCACACGACCGAUCAAUGCAGAUAUGGCCCAGGGCCUACGCCAGAUAAUUGCCGAUUAUGCCUCGAAGUCUUGGAGGACUAUUAUCGUGUUGUUCCGUGACUUUGACGUAUGGCCUCCCCUUGAUCAACUGCAUGAUCAAGUGGAGGAGAUAAGGAUAGAGAACAUUGUCCAAGAUCUUACUUUCCUCAGCAUUAUGGGUAUCCGAGACCCUCUCCGAGACGGUGCCCGGGAUGCCGUGCAGUCGUGCCAUAAAGCUGGUGUGGCCGUUCGUAUUGUGACAGGCGAUAACCUACUGACAGCAAAAGCCAUCGCCGAGGAAUGUGGUAUUCUCACAAACCCAGAUGAUGUUGCGAUGGAAGGCCGAGAGUUUCGUCAGCUUGGUGAAUCACAACAACUGGAGGUCAUUCCACGUCUCAAGGUCUUGGCGAGAUCUAGCCCGGAAGACAAAAGAACAUUGGUUCGUAGACUGAAGGAAAUGGGAAGAACUGUUGCUGUCACUGGCGAUGGAACAAAUGACGCCCCUGCUCUGACUGCGGCUGAUGUCGGAUUUUCCAUGGGCAUCUCCGGAACUGAAGUCGCGCGCGAAGCCUCGUCAAUUGUCCUCAUGGAUGACAACUUCAGUUCAAUUGUGCGGGCAAUCAUGUGGGGUCGAGCUGUCUCAGAUGCCGUCAAGAAAUUUCUACAGUUCCAAAUAACCAUCACAUUCACCUCUGUCGGCCUCGCUUUUGUCUCAUCCGUCGCCAGCCCCAAUGAACAGUCGGUCCUUACCGCUGUACAGCUCAUGUGGGUAAACCUAUUCCAAGACACGUUAGCAGCGCUGGCACUGGCAACCGACCCUCCAUCGCGCAAAGUAUUAGACCGAAAACCAGAGGCGAGAUCAGCUCCUUUAAUCACAAUUCCAAUGUGGAAGAUGAUCAUCGGGCAAUCGAUCUAUCAGCUAGCGGUGACUCUUGUCCUUCACUUCGCCGGAAGCAGUAUCUUCUCCUAUACGCCCGACGAUAAGGAUGAGCUUCAAACGGCGGUAUUCAAUACAUACGUUUGGAUGCAGAUCUUUAAUAUGUAUAAUAACCGCCAACUCGAAAACAGCAUCAACCUUCUCGAGGGUGUAUCCCGAAACUGGCUAUUCAUAUGUGUCACUCUCUUAAUGAUGGGCUGCCAAGUCUUAAUUAUCUUUGUGGGAGGCCGCGUCUUCUCAGUUGUCAGACUUACUGGCACCCAGUGGGCUUACUCGGUUGUUUUGGGGGCUCUGUCUAUCUUGAUCGGGUUCGUUAUCAAACUCAUACCGGAUGAGCCUGUUGAGUGGGUCUUUGAUGGGUUUGGGGCUAUCUGGUCGUUCAUAGUUUCGAAGUUAAAGGUUUUCCCGAGGAGAAGGGAUGCUGAUGUUAGUGCUUGA